AUAACUCGAAAAGUUUACAAUCUAAUCAGAUGAAACUUUGAUAUAUUGUUGGGUACCAGGUAAGGAAGAUUCCUAUUAAUUGUGGAGAAAAUUGGUCAAAGGUCAAUGUCACAAUGACCGAAAAUAGAUUUAACAUUCCAAAAAAAUUUGGUUUCAGGAGGAUAACUCGAAAAUUUUUAAUUUUAAUCAAAUGAAACUUAAUAAAUAUAUUGUUGAAUACCAGCAAAGCAAGGCCCCUAUUGAUUUUGGAGAAAAAAGGUCAAGGUCACAGUGACCGAAAAUAGAUUGAAAACUUUAGACAAAUAUGGUUUCUGGACAGUAACUCGAAAAGUUUAACCCCAAACUCCUUUUAAAAAUGUAUUCACAAGAAUUUUUUUUUACAUUAUAUCCAACAAUUAGUUCUUCACAAUUAUGAAUAUACCACAUCAUUCCUGACUUUACAAUGUAUCCCAUGCAACUCGGCUCAUGCACCCCAGGAUGCAUAUUUUGAUUUAUGUUUUUUUUGAGCAUGGUCUUGUAUAUCACAAUCAUCAUCUUAUGGGGUUUUUUUCUUAAAAGAAAUUAUUCAAAUCGUGUAAUGGUAUAUCAAAAUUCAUUCAUACAUCUCAUGUCUUUGCUGUUAUCUUCUUAAUUUAAAAUUUCGAAUUUAAAUAAACAGGAAAAUUAAAUUACUUUUAUGAUCCUUAGCUCAAAAGCACUAGCCAAGUGGACUGCACUCGUUUUUUUGCUCAGAACAGGCAAAUCAGAACAAGUUUGAGAAUAGAAAAUGUCAUGUAUUUAGUAAAUGACGAAAAGUAUAUACAGUACAGGGGGUCAUUAAAACCAAGUGAAAAUUAAGAUCAUAUGCUGCAAAUGACUCGAUGACCCCCUUAUUACAUCCAUCUAUAAAAUUAACAUUGAGAAAGAGAACAUAUAUACACAAAAUAAAAACACCCGAUAGGGGGUCUAACAAGAUGACCCCCUAUUGCAUACACAUAUGUAAAAAGACUAGCAUAAAAAUAUUGCCUGCCCACAAAAUAGGGUGGGUAGCAAGAACAAAUCAAGGCCAUGAAUCCAAAGCAAAAUGAAUUAAUUACUUUUAUUUAUACAGUGCAUCUAAUUUACAUUUUAGAUAUUUUAAUUGUAUAUCUUUUAGUCGACUUUUUACGAAAACCCCUAAUGAUAUUGACCAUCGUUAUUUAAAGUCUUCUGGGAAGCAAAUUGUAUUUACUAUAUACAAUUCAAAGUUUUCAGCGUGUAAACCCAACUUCUACAUCUCAAAAAAUUCCUUUAUUCUAUGAAUAUCGUAAUAUUAAUGAGCGCAUAUCUAUUUCAUUAAACUAUAACAAUUUAACAGCACAUAUUUGUUUCUUUUUGUAACUUUUUUUUUUAUACACUGUAACAUGUACCUCUUUAUAGCAAUUAUAACAAAUUUCAUUGAUUAUUAUCUUCAAUUGCAUGGGUUUGCUUCAUUCUAUAUUUAUUCAAAAGCUUCUACAUGAGAAGAAAAAGAUUCUGGUAAAUGGAAUCCGGAAACAGGAGGGGGGGGGGAAUUUUAUACCAGGGCGGUUUUUCCGCCCAAGGGGAAAUUUUAUACUGUCUUUGUACAUAGGGGGAAAUUAUAUGCUGGGGCGCUUUUUCCCCCUAUGGGGGGAGAUCUAUCCCGGGCCCGUUUUUCCGGGGGAAAGUCUAUGCGGGGGAAAAGUCUAUGCUACAACACCGGGACCUGCUCUUUAAAACUUUGAAUGAAAAGUGAAGAUGACGAAUAGUGAUCAAUCUCAUAACUCCUAUAAGCAAUAUAGAGGGUUGGGCAAACACGGACCCCUGGAUACACCAGAGGUAGGAUCAGGUGUCUAGUAGGAGUAAGCAUCCCCUAUCGACCGGUCACACCCGCCGUGAGCCCUAUACCUUGAUCAAGUAAACGGAGUUAUCCGUAGUCAAAAUCAGUGUGCCAAGAACGGUCUAACAAAUGACAAUCGGUAUGAAGGUGGCAGGGGACAGUUUCCUUGGUUCUGAAACAUGUGGAUAGGGGGUAUACAUCAAAGUGAGAUUAUGACAGACUAAUGAAAAAUCAUAUUUCCCUUUUAUGUCAACACUUGUAUUUCAUAUUGGUGUAGUUAAUUGAUUAUGACCCUAAAUUACAUGUAAUCUAUAAAUACUGGUGCUGGUGCACGAAACAUGCUCUGAGCAGGUUCCCCUUUUUUGCUUUGAUUUUCUCUCAUUUGGGCUAAUCCGCACCACCCCCACACCAUCACAGUACCACACAUGGGGAUUUAGACACUGUGCACAAUCAAGAACCCUAUCUGCCCUUCUCAAAAAUCUACCUUUCAUAUGGGGCCAUCCACCUUCCCCCUUAGCUACAGACCUUUUGCUGGGCCCUGCAUGUUUUCACCGGAAUUUCUUCAGCAACUGACAGAGUGUCUUAGUUUCGUAUUUGCCCCCCAUCUGUAUGUUAGGAAUCAUGGUGACACCUACUUGUUGUAUAGCAACAUUUUUACUAAGCACUCAGCUACAUUUGACAUGCAUUCUAAAAUUAUUGUAUACAUUUUUACACAUGUAAUAUCACUUCAAAUAUGGGGUAUUUCCAUUUUUUUUUUUAAAGUUGACCGGCCUAUAGUGCGAAACUGUCCCCUGCUACCUGAAACACAUCAGACAGCAUUUGACCCAAUGAUAGGUUGUAUUGGCAAACUAGAUCGUUAUAACGACCAUAAAUUUUGCGAAAUGCUGCCUUUAAACAAGACUGUUGAACUUGUUUGUCAGUAGCCUGCUUCGAUUUUUAAAAAAACUAACAAUACACAGAACAAGCUCUUGCGUAUCGAAUUAGUUGAGAGAUAGGCCCUAUAAACACCAUAUAUGCAGGUGAUAAUGGAAUAUUGCUACACAAAUAUCAUUAUGUGGGAAGUUGACGAUGGAGAAGCUGAUAUCAAUAUUGUUUGUUUGUGAUUAAUUCCUGCUGGUCUCGGGGUAUUCUGACUCAUUACAGAAUCAUAUGUUCAUCAUUGUAUUGUGUGUACUAUAGCAUCCUAGUAAUUGAAUAGUGUAUAAUCAUGGUCAUUCAAAAAGAAGUUUAAUGUGUAUAAAACGUUUGAUAAUCCUUACUCACACAAACAGUUUUAUGUACAGUUAAACAUCGAUAAGUUCCAGAGUUCAUGUACAUCACUAUUUCCUGUUGCAUGAAGUUUGCGUGCAUACUUAUUUAAGGAAGUAACUUCUAGAACAUAAUUGAAACAUUGGGAACGUAAUGCAUGAUUAUCCAAAGACAUGUGUCCCCAUUUUAUUCACUGUUUUCUUUUGUUUUUGAAUGUUUCUUUUAUACGAGCAACAGGAAAGUGUAACACGGGUCAAAUUGAUGAAGACAAAAAGUUUCCUUGCUGUGCAAACUAUUUUCCUGUUGAAGGAGUGUGUAGAGCGUGUCCGCCUGGAUUAUUUGGAAAUAACUGUUCCGUUCCCUGUCAAUAUCCUUAUUAUGGUAUUCUGUGUGUGGACGAGUGUAAGUGUGAUAGAUCACUGUGUGACGUCAUCACUGGGUGUCCGGACAAUAACACAGACAACACAACAGGGAAAGCUUUAACAAUAGGUUCAAUCGACUAUUCAACAACUGGAACAUCAACUCCAGGAGUGUCACUACAGAUUUCGAUAGACUACCGAAAUUCGAGGACAUCUAAUGAUAAACUGAGAAUAGGAAUAAUUGGUGUUGGAAGUGCCUUAGUCUCUUUGACAGUAUUUUCUACAAUAAUAUGGAUUUUGAAGUCGAUCUUCAGAAAAAUUAGAACACAAGCUGUCACUGAUGGCUGUAGUGAUGAUGUAGCGACAGUGUAUAUGGAAAUAGACGAUGGUUCAAACCACGGGGAUAUCCAAGAACAACUUGGCAGAACUGUCAUAGAGGAACCGGAAACGUCGCCGGGUGACAGAACGGAAGAGAGACCGGAACUACCCGAAAGAAUGACUGUAGUCUUUACUUCUGACGUAGACAUGCUUGUUUCAUGUACAGACAAAGAUCCAGCUCUCAGCAUGGGAGAAUGAAAUUUAAAGCAUAAGAUACAUGAAGUAGAGCCACUGAAACAAUAGCAGAUCACAAAGUAGUGUCUAGUAUGCUGUAUAUGUAACAUAUCAUUAAAUUACGUAUUUUUUCAAUAAAUGUGUGUAUACAA